AAUGUCUAUAGACCUAGAAGAGCCAGUGUCCCACAUACAAACCGCUCUUUCCACUUUCAGCAUCAGGCCAGACCGACCAACGGAGCAGGACAGCCAUAGGAUACCACAUGCCCAGCUAAGAAGGGGAGAAGAGAGAGACAGAGAAGGGGAUAUAGAGGAGAAUAGACAGAGAGGGAGGUAGAGAAAGAUAGAGAGGAGAAAGGGAGACGAGUGAGACAGAAGAAAAGUACUUUCUGUAAGAGUAGAGGAAAAGAAGGAGAGAUGCCUGCUGCCCUUCUCAGACCCAGAGUGGCCCUGGCCCAGACCAACCUGAUCAGCACGCUGCUGUUGUCUCUCUGGCUCCACACCGGCUCCGUCACUGGAGGCAUAAUGAAGGCUGAUGAGACCCAGCAUGGUGGCGGGGACACCAUCAGCCACUCCCUGGCCCUGGUGCAGCAUCUGGAGGCCCUGCUGGCUCAGGGGAAUGGCAGUGAUGUGGCCCUCAGGGUGCAGACAGUGGGAGCAGAGCAGGUAAAGGUGAUCCAGGCCCACUCCCUGAUGCUGUCCCUGCAGAGCCCUGUGUUCGAGGAACUGCUGCUCAGCCGUAACGGCACCACCCUGGUCCUCCUGGAGACCGCUGAGUGUGCUGCCGUCUUCGACAAGUUCAUCAGGUACCUGUAUUGUGGAGAGAUCUCCCUGUGUCUGGAGCAGGCCACCUCUCUACACAAGCUGGCCACUAAGUACCGCGUCCAGGGCCUUCAGCAGGGGGUCACCCAGUACAUGACCCAGAACCUGGCCAGCAACUCCCCUUCUGGACACGUGGUGGAAUGGUACCAGUACGCCCUGCAGACUGGAGACGUGGCCCUGCGGGACAGCUGUCUGCAGUACCUGUCCUGGAACCUGUCCUCUGUGCUGCAGAGUGGGGAGUGGACACAUGUCAGCAACGACCUGCUCAUGACCCUGCUGCAGCGCUCAGACCUCAUCCUGCAGAGUGAAAUGGAGCUCUUCGCGGCACUAGAGGCCUGGAUCAACCAGAACAAACCGGAUGCUCUAACGGCCGAGAACGCUCUGAGAGCCGUCCGUUAUGCCAUGAUGCCCCCUCUGGAGCUCUUUCGCUUGCAGACCCAGUCUCCUGUUCUGGCCCGCUACCAGGAAUCGGUCCGGGACCUCCUCUACCAGUCCUACCAGUUCCACUCCUCCUCCCCCCUCCACAUGGCCAAGUACUUUGACGUGAACUGCAGUCUCUUCAUGCCCAGGAACUACCUCUCCCCUGCCUGGGGGAGUCCUUGGGUCAUUAACAACCCCAUGAGGGACGACCGCAGCACCAGCUUCCAGACGCAGCUGGGCCCCAGCGGCCAUGAUGCCAACAAGAGGGUGACCUGGAACUCCCUGUUCUCGCCCCGUUGGUUGCCCCUCAGCAUGAGGCCAAUGUACUCCGAACAGGGUUCCACACAGCCGACACGUGUUGACGGAGGCCGCCUGCGCAUCAUUAUUACUCCCGCUACGUCGAGUGCAGAGUUUGCCGGGGUGAGCUUCCAGAAGACGGUGGUGGUGAUGACGAGGAAGCAGGGAAAGAUGGUGGUGAGACAUGUUUAUAAUUUCCACCAGAGCACCGAGGAGACUGGUGAUUUCCUGGUGGAAGCCGAUCUGCACCGUAAGACAUCUGAGUACCUGGUCGAUGGUUCCCUCCAUCUACACAUCGUGGUGAAGCCGCUCUACCAGACCCUCAUAGCUACAAAGAAAUGACCACCUCCACUCUUUCUAUGUGUCCCAAUUCUCUAUCCUUCUGCUCUGAGUGUGCACUUGUUCACUUCCCUUCAGGUCACUUGUUCACUUCCCUUCAUGCACGUGGAGGAGUGCAUGAGUGCACACUUUGGGAGAAAUCCCUCUCCGUACAUGCAGUGGUAUGGUGGACACCAUGUAAGCCAAGCACUGCCCUCUUAAAGCAUCACACUCAUAUCGCAUAAUAUGCAAUGUCAAGGGAGAACCAACCCACCCCAUCAUGUCUGCAGUGUAUGGGAUACAUGGAUAGUAGACGAUAUCUGUUUGAUAGCUUUUAGAAACAUUUUGAACAGUAUUUAUUCAAGAUCAAUAUGUCUUUCAAACUUAGCUAUGUUUUAAAUACUAUUUCUCUUGGUGAUAUUAUAUGCCAGGCAUUUACCUCAAAGGGGUCUUUGCCAUUCAUCACAUCUGACAUGGUCACCCUGUCCAGGUGCUUAUAGCCAUUCUGUUUCUCAUGUAGCAUACCAAGGCCUACAAACCAAAGUAGUAGAAAUUGAUAGUGAAAUGGAUUGAAUCCAUAUAGCCAGUUUGUAUAAUAAAUAACACUACAUUUAUCAAAAACAUUUUUAGAUUAGAUUGUCACUUAUUUUUAUUAAUAAUAGUAAAUAUUAGUUAUCUUAGAAAAUUUAAAAAAUCAUACAAAGUUUGAGGAGCUUUUAUUAUUCUCAUGUUGCUUGUGGUACCAUCCAAUAAAGCGAAGUUCUUCCAGGGCAUUUUCUGUGUUUCCAAUAUUUUAGAGUGAUGUAUUACAAAUAUAGCUUAUGUCUUUGUUUAUUGAAAAUGCCUGCAUAUGAGUGCAUUCAAAUGGGGAACUUCCAAGUUUCAUUUAAUGUAAAUCAUAAUACACUUUAAAUUAAUAUUGUGACGUAUCGCUACGACCUCCGCCUAGCCAUCGAACAGGCAAAAGGACAAUAUCGGAAUCCUAUUAUACCUGCUCCAACGCUCGACACACGUGGCAGGGGCUACAGUGCAUUACGGACUACAAAUUAAGCCCUAGCCGUGACUUGCCCAAUGAUACCGCUCUACCAGACAAACUCAAUGCCUUUUAUGCACACUUCGACAAAGAACAACGAGGAGCCCUGCGUAAGGCUCCCCGCUAAUCCGUAGGACUCGGUGAUCUCUCUCUCCGAGGCUAACAUGAGUAAGGUUUUUAAACAGGUCAACGCUUGUAAGGCCACAGGGCAAGACGAUAUUCCAGGGCGUGUCCUCAGGGCAUGUGCAGACCAGCUGGUAGGCGUAUUCAGAUAUGUUCAACCUCUCAAUGUCCCAGUCUGUAAUCGCCACAUUUCAAUCUAACUACCAUCAUUCCUAUCCCCCAAAAAACUCCAAGCCAUCCUGUCACAAUAACUACCAACCUCAAGCACUCACAUCUGUAAUAAUGAAGGGCAUUGAAAGGCUGGUCAUUGCACAAAUCAAGUCUAUCAUGCCAGACACCCUGGCCCCACUCCAACUUGCAUACUACCCCAACAGAUCCAUAGAUGCCACAAUCUCAAUUGCACUCCACUCUGCCCUCUCCCACCUUGAAAAGAGCAGUGCCUAUGUGAGGAUGCUGUUCAUUGACUACUGCUCAGCGUUCAACACCAUAGUGCGCUCUAAAGUCAUCACCAGGCUGGGACUGAACACCCACCUCUGCAACUUGAUCCUGGACUUCCUGACAGGUUGACACCAGGUAUUUGUAUUUAUUAUGAAUCCCCAUUAUCUGCUGCCAAAGCAGUAGCUACUCUUCUUGGGGUCCAGCAAAAUUAAGGUAGUUAUUAUAUACAAUUUUAAAUUGUAUAUUGUCCCACCGGGAAUCAGUAUCAAGAAGAAAAAAGUAUGAAAAUGUAUGCACUGACUACUGUAAGUCGCUCUGGAUAAGAGCAAUACAACACAUAAAAACAUUAAA